CCCAAAUUACCAGAUAAUGUUAGGUAAGGAGGAGUUUUGUCCCUCCAGAGUUGCCGUAGGGCUGUGACGUAAGAGGUCUAUAAAGGUGGUUGUGGAAGAAGGUGUGUAGAGAGAGAAAAAGGAGAGUGAACAUUAAAGAAGUGGUGGAGACCGGACCUGCUCUUAUGACUCCCAUUUAUUAUUUUAUUAUUAUAUUAUAUUAGUACACAUAAUAUGCGAACCCAGAAUACUCGGCUACAUUGGUGGCAGCGGUGGGAUUUUAACUGCUGUGUUGAAAAAAAAAAAAAAGAAAAGAAAGUGUUACACGGGACUUGUGAGUUUUCAGUUAGCUGCACGUGUAUAGUUAGCUGCUAAGCUUCCUGGCUGUUUUGCGGACACGUGGUGUGGUGACGACGACACUUUUAAGCUCGGCAACACGCUGUUUGACAGACACUCACACGGCAUGAAUGUCAAAAAUGGACUUAACAGCUCCCUUCCCCGGCGACGGUGCCAGAAUUUCUCAGCUGGACAGAGACAAUUGAUGGACCGCUUCUGGGCCAGCCUAUCGGCGCAUGUGCGUGCUCCGGUGGAGAGCUUGGAGGUGUGUGCUGCGGAUGUGAGCCGGCUGGUUACGGAGGCGUUGCCGGCGGUCUUGCUGCUGGCUCUUCAUGCUGGGAGACAUCCGACGGUGGUGUGAGCAGUGCGGAGCGUGUUGGACCCGCCGGUGCCCUUGAAGUCCCCGUGGGUGGGUCCCAGAUUUGUCGGCCCCUCCAGAGGGUGGCCAUGGACAUUCUGGAGUUGCCCAUAAGUCCCCGUGGGCGGGUCCCAGAAUUGUUUCCCCCUUCCAGAGGGUAACCAUGGAUAUUCUGGAGUGGCCCAGAAGUUCCCAUGGGGUGGUCACAGGUUUGUCGGCCCCUCAGGAGGGUGGUCAUGGACAUUUUGGAGUGGCCCGUAAGUCCCAUGUGGGGGGGAGGGGUCCCGGGGUGGUUGUCCCUUCCAGAGACUCUGCCAGCACCACCAGAUGGUACUUUAUUGAUUCCUUCACUGCCUAUAACCCCAAGUCUGAUGGCAUGAUGGCGCGUCACAAUCGAACUAUCUCGCAGGGGGCGACUGGGGCGACCUCCUGCGCACAACUGAACUAUCUCGCAGUGGGCGAUUGGACCGACCUCCUUCACAUCUGCACGUUUUUGUAUGUUUUGAGGGGCCAGGGUGCUAUCUUAUGCAAUACUUUGUGGAUCAGUUAAAAUAUUGUUGAUUUGUUGGUGCAUUAAGAUUGUGAUUUUUGUUCUCUGUUCUAUUUCCCCUUGUUUGUUUGUGACGAAACGGGGACGUUUCUAAUUGAGGGGGGGACGUAUGUAACAAACUUUUCAGGAUGUCCCAAAUUACCAGAUAAUGUUAGGUAAGGAGGAGUUUUGUCCCUCCAGAGUUGCCGUAGGGCUGUGACGUAAGAGGUCUAUAAAGGUGGUUGUGGAAGAAGGUGUGUAGAGAGAGAAAAAGGAGAGUGAACAUUAAAGAAGUGGUGGAGACCGGACCUGCUCUUAUGACUCCCAUUUAUUAUUUUAUUAUUAUAUUAUAUUAGUACACAUAAUAUGCGAACCCAGAAUACUCGGCUACACUAUCUUAGCUUAAACUAGCUGGUUAGCUGCUAACAAAGAGAUGCGGACGUUAUCAACACAUCGCUAAGUAGAGAUCAAAUGUGAGUGUAAAGUGUUGUGAUUGUGUGAAAAUGUGCGAAAGAACGAUGGUAAAGUACGAGGAGGAACUUUGUCCAACAAAAGAGGAGAAGGAGCGACAACAUCAACUACAGGACGCUGUUUUCAAGAAACAUCAAGUUGUGUUACACAGAACAGACGUCCAGCAGCCCCCUCACAUUAAAGAGGAAGAGGAGGAUCCACAGCCCCCCCACAUGAAAGAGGAAGAGGAGGAAGUGUGGAUCACUCAGGAGGAAGAGUGUCUUCUCGGGCAGGAGGAGGCUGAUCUCACCAAGUUUCCACUGACUGUUGUCUCUGUGAAGACUGAAGAGCAUGAAGACAAACCACCUGAGUCCUCACAGCUUCAUCACAGUCCAAACAUCUGUAAAGAACAACUUCUGCCUGAAAAACAGGAGUGUAGCUUCAGGAUGGUGAAGGAGGAUCCAUCAAAGAGGAAGACCAGGCGCCACGGACCCUCUGGCGUCUCCUUUUCCUCUUUAACACAGACCCUUCCCUGUAAAAAGGAAGAGGAAGACUCAUUGAUCCCCCACAUUAAAGAGGAAGAGGAGGAACACAGCAUCAGUCAGGAGGGCGAGCAUCUUGAAGGACUGGUGGAGUUCCCAGUGACUGGUGUCCCUGUGAAGAGUGAAGAUGAUGAGGUCAAAGGUGAAAGUGAGGAGACGAGAGAGGCGGAGCCUCCAAGCAGCAGCUCAACACAACAUAUGACAACAGAAGCUGAUGGAGACCACUGUGGAGGAUCACAAGCAGACAAGCUCUUAGCUCCACUAUCAGAUAGUGAGGACACAACGUCACACUCUCCUGACACUGAUGAUGAAGACUCUAAAGAUGAUAAGACAUGUCACACUGACAACACUCACUUCAAAUGUUCUCACUGUGACAAAACCUUCAAAUACCAUAGUCAUCUGAAAAGACACAUGAGAAUACACACUGGAGUGAAACCCUUUUCUUGUUCAAUCUGUGGCUUAUCUUUUACAAGGAAGGACAAUAUGAAAGAUCACACAAGAACACACAAAGGAGACAAACCUUUUUCGUGUUCUGUGUGUGAUUCAAGGUAUGCACGAAGUCAAUGUUUGAAAUUACACUUGAAAAGACACACUGGGGAAAACCUCUUUAAGUGUUCUGUGUGUAAUUCAAGUUUUGUCCGAGGUGAAAAUUUGAAAACCCACAUGAGAACGCACACAGGAGAAAAACCUUUUUCUUGUUCAGUUUGUGGUGUAUUUUUUACACAGAGUGCAAGUUUGAAAAAACACAUGAGAACACACACUGGAGUUAAACCUUUUUCCUGUUCAGUGUGUGGAACAGGUUUUGUACACAAGAGCAACUUGAAAACACACAUGAGAAUACACACUGGAGAAAAACCUUUUUCCUGUUCAAUCUGUGGCUUAUCUUUUACAAGAAAGGAACAUAUGAAAGAGCACACAAGAACACACACCGGGGAAAAACCUUUUUCGUGUUCUGUGUGUAAUUCAAGGUAUGCACGAAGUCAAGAUUUGAAAAAACACCUGAAAAGACACACUGGGGAAAACCUUUUUAAGUGUUCUGUGUGUAAUUCAACUUUUGUCCAUGGUGAAAAUUUGAAAAGACACAUGAGAUCACACACAGGUGAAAAACCUUUUUCUUGUUCAAUCUGUGGCUUAUCUUUUACAAGAAAGGAAAAUAUGAAAGAGCACACAAGAACACACACUGGAGAAAAACCGUUUUCUUGUUCUGUGUGUGAUUCAAGUUUUGCACGAAGUCAAAAUUUGAAAAAGCACAUUAGUAUACACGCUGAAGAAAAAGUGUUUAGUUGCAGUGUUUGAUGAAAGAUUCUCGCAUGAGUACCAAUUUAACAAACACAAGUGUGCUGGUGAGAGCAGCAGCAGUAAAGUAGAACUGUGCUCCGCAGACCUCCACCAGGCCAAAUCUCCCAGUAGUUAAGAAUCCUUCAAAAGAAGGCUGAAUCCAAAUGAUGAUCAGGAUCAACACCAAAAUGUAAUCACUUGUUCCUUAUCCCAUUUCUGACAUGUCCUGAAAGUUUCAGUAGCAUCUGACUAUACUUGUUUUUGUUUUGAUUCCAACUAAAUGACAAUCAAACAAACUCCAAAUCACUUUGUUACUUUUGAAUUACUUCAAUAGCAAACAUAUAAAUAUGUUUCUUAGUUACACAUCCUGGAAAACAACAUCCACACAACAGUUUAUAUUUAUUAUUCAUUCUUACUAAUAUUUUUGUUGUGUACUAACACAUCAAUUUGUACUUCUGCUAAUAUUUAAGAAGUGAUUAUUAUAUUAUGGUUCAGUGUGCCCCUUCACAGGCUUGCUGUCUCCAAAACAAGUCUCCACCAUGAUGGUGCCAGUGGUCCUACUACUUGUACUUAUACACUAUACAAUAUAAUUAUGCACACCUUUUGUAAGAUAGGCAUUUUUGUUUGUACUAACAAUUUGAAACCAGCGUUGUAUCCUUUGCAUGUGACCU